AUGCUGGAGGACGCAACUAUUUGCACUGCGAUGUGUACACUUGUUGCGCGCUUUGGACGCAGAGAAUACAUCGACAUACCUUUCGCUCGUAACCAGGGCAUUCCAGUGAACGGCCUCCUUGUGUCUCGUGUUCCAGAUUUGAUCAAAAUGGCCUUCACAGCUUCUGCGGCAUAUGUCACAGAGAUACGACUAGAAGGAUUGGUCGUAUUACGCAAUGUCAUUCAGGUGUUUUGCCAGGCCCCAGACCCUGACUAUCCAGACGCUCUCCUACUUGAGCAACAUCAAGCACCUAUCACAGCUGCACUAACUCCUGCCUUCUCUCCAGAUUCCACUCCUGAAAUUUUGUCUUCUGCCAUCGAGCCUGUGCAGUAUUCGUUGGCUGUGGCAUUGUCAAAGAUAGAGGUUGACGAAUCUGGCAACUUAACUAUGGGCAAUUUUGUGGACUUGAGCCCCGAAUCCAUCAGGCAUGUUGAGGGUUUCUAUCCUCUCUGUGUCGAUCUUGGCACCGCAAUGGUUUGCGAGCCUUCCAGUGGCUUUAGACCCGUCAUAUGCAAGCCUUGGUUAAGUAGUUCUGCUCCCAUAUCAUGCUUCGUCCUGGGCAACAAGAUCCUACAAGCUGUCGCGAACACUGUGAACCGCUCCGAUCAAAACAUUUCAGCUGCUAUCCUUGGGAAGGAGGGGACAUUUGUCAAUGGUAUCGACUCCGCAACAUAA